GAGCACUUGGUGGAGCUGCUGGCGGCGGCGGCGGGGGUCGCGGCUUCGAGUUCUCCCGAGUCCACGCAGAGGUUCCUCAAGGCUGCUCUGUACGAGUCGGGAGACAUCGCCGUCUUCGUCGACGGCGUGGACGAGAUUUGCCCUUCAUACAAGGAGAAACUCCUCCGACUCUUGCAACUGUUGCUGGAGACAAAAGUGAAGCUGGUGUGGGUCUCAUCGCGCCCGGAGGCUGAGCUUGUUCUCACUAAUGCGUUACGUUGCGCCACAUCGUCGCUUCGUCCGUUCUCCGAAGAGGAGCAGAAGAACCACCUGUGUAGACACUGGUCGUCUGUCGACCCACGCAACCGCCCCCCUGCGGCGUUCGAGGCCCUCGCCGCCGAGAUGGUGGCAGCCCUGCACGGCGCAGCGGGGCGCGGCCAACGCAGCCUGCUGGACGUCCCGCUGCACGCGCAGAUGGCGGCGGAGGCGUAUGCAACGCAGGCGGCACGGGCCCUGGGCACAGGGGUCAGCCUGCUCCCGCAGUCCGCCAUCAGUCUCUACCAGCUCUACCGUCGCUUCGUGGAGAGGAAGAGGGACUUGUACGAGAGACGCUUUGGACUGAAAGAUGCAAAUUUUGACCAUCUUCCAUUUGCAGAAAACUUCGAAGAGAUCCACCAAAACUGUGCUAUGCUCGUACUG